UUUAUUGAAAAACACGGGUCAUGUCAUUGCUCUUAUGAGCCAUGUUUUAAUUCCUGUCAUUCGCUCGGUGGCGCUGUGCGUCUCUUCACUUGUCAGAACAGACGAAGAAGAAUGCUAUCCGUCCUUACAUAAAUAAGUGUCCUGUUUGUUUUUCUCUUUUAACGCCUUUCCUCUCUUUUAUCUGCCUGUUCCCCUUUUCUGUCUGGUGAUUACAGUCACUUUGCAUAAAGCGCUUCACUGGAUGGUUAGGGGUCUAUAGAUCUGGAUUCCUUGUCAAACAAGAGUAAUGUUUCGACAAAGGCUGCCGUUCUCACAGCUGCUAUUAGCCACGGUGCUUGGGGUCGCUGGUGGCAUCUACAUCUACAGACCUUAUUUUGAGUCACGACCAAAGGGCCUUGAACACCAAAACCAGGAUGUGCCAAAGAAAGGAAAUGACACGGACUGAGCAGAUCACCACUCCCAGGAAACACGUCAUAGACAGAACAAUUACGACCGUUGAUGCUGGACAGGAAGUAAAACAAAACUCAAACCAAUGUGGAUACAUUUCUGCUAUUAUGGGUUACUCUGCGUAAAAUAAAAUAUUUUAUUCUAUGAUGUCACUUUUUUAACAUGAUAUAAAAUGCUGUGACUCUUCAGCUUUAAACACCCUCUUGCCUUACAAUUAUUCGUAAGAAAUCAUUUGUAAAUGCAAAUGGUGUUAAGUGAAUUGUGAACUAAGAAAUAAAAAUGUUUUCUCAUGUUGUGUGAAUCAUGA